CUUUCUGCUGCAUAUUGCAGACAGACACCGGGCUAAUGAAGUAAUUAUUGCACCGGCGAAUAUGAACUUUAUGAUGUGAGGACUCCUUCAUGUCAUCCUUACUGGGGCUCAGCAUGGCGCAGGAGGACAAACACAGCCUCGAGGCGAAAUUCGCCGCUGCAGUUAAAGUGAUGCGGAGUUUGCCUGAAGAAGGUCCUUUCCAGCCGUCUGAUGACAUGAUGCUGAUGUUCUAUAGUUACUAUAAGCAGGCCACCUUGGGGCCCUGCAACAUCCCCAGACCGAGCGGCUUCUGGGACACUCGUGGAAAAGCUAAAUGGGAUGCGUGGAGCUCUUUAGGAAAUAUGACAAAGGAGGAAGCCAUGAAGAAUUAUGUUGAGGACAUCCAGCUGAUUUUGGAGACCAUCCCGAUCUCAGAUGAGGUGACCGACCUGGUGCAGAAGCUAGGCAACUUCUACACUGAAGUCGACGGAGAAGAAGAGGAAGCUGAAGAAAGUGAAGUGGAGAGGAGGCCCUUCACCAGGCCUUUUGCAAAACAUGCAGAUGAGCUGGUCAAAGCAUUGAAGAAGCCAACAAUGGAAGGCUAUGGGGAUCUGUGGGAUGAUAUACAAAACCUUCAAGAAAAAGACAGUGUUCAUGGCGUAAGUGUCGGUAGCGAGGAGGAAGAGGGAAGUAAAGACAAUAGUGAAAUCGAAAGAAAAGAGGAAAGUAGUGAUUGGAGGGGAAGUGAGGAAGAGGAGAAUGGGGAUGAAGAAGAUAAUACAGAAGAUGAAGAGGAGGAGGAAAAAGUCUGGACUACUGAUCCAAGGCUGCUGAUGGUGGAGGACAAGAGGUGGAGGUCUGACACCAGAGGGUCCAGCAGCAGCAUGGAGCCCAGCAUGUCCUCCUUCACCAACGGGACACACAGCUCCCUCAACAGUGAGGUGGAGGAGGAGGAACUGGCCUGUUCCAUAGCGCCCAGUGUGCAGUAUAACCCGUACAUGCACUUUAAUGGACACCUGAGUGAUCACAUUGAUGCUGUUCCAGAGAAGAACCAUCGAUCCACAGACUCAGAUAAUGAGGAAUUCUGUGACUCAAUGGAGCAUCUCGCCAUGGAAGAGCGGGUGUCUACAUCGAAGGUUCAGCCACCUGGAUCAGGAGCUGCCUCAGUGAAGCAAAAUGAUCUUUGGUUUGAGAGCAACACUACCCCGAAUGGAGGAGAGGAUCAAGUACUAACAAGAGAUCCCUACUUUAAAGACGGGAUUAGUACAAGCCAACACAACAGCUCCUUGUCAAGAAGAGGGAGAGUUUCAGGUUGUCAGUCGCCAAGGGUUACCUGUAGCUCUCAGUGGUGUGUCAGUGCAGAUGCUGCCAGCCGUUGUGUGUCACAGAGCAGACAUCCUGUCAGUGCUUCCAGGGGAAACAUCAAUGAGCAAAUAGCUACGGCUCUGCUGAGGCUGCAGCGCGACAUGGCCAAUGUGCUGCACAGGCUGCACACUCUGGAGAUGCUCAACGUAUCACAGUCAAGAUCAUCUUCACCAAGGCAGGAGGACUCCUUACCUGUAGCACGAAAGAUCCUGAGACCGUCCUGGUGGCCUUUUGACUUCUCUCCACUCACAGUGGUGUUGACUGCACUUUGGCCUCUGAUUGCCCAUUGGCUUGUCCAGCUUUACUUACAGAGGAAGAGAAGAAAAAUCCCCUGAAUUGUCUGAGAGCCUUCAGCAUCACUCAAAGAACAUGAACCUGGGAUGAAGUUGUUGCUUGUUUUGUUGCUUUGUGGCUUUUAUAAGUUACCAACACAAACAAUGUAAUUCGACGCCAGUAGAAAUGGAAAGUCUGCUUUAAAUGAGUGAGUGGUUAGACAGGCGUUCAAAGGGAGACUCUGCAGUAUAGUGUAGCAUUUUGACUUCAUGGACACCGUGUAGGGUUUUAAGUAAGGGAGAAUUAAUGCAUUAUAAAUGCAGGCACAUUUUCAUUGUUAUAGUUAGCUUAGCAUUAGGUGGUCAUAUUUAUGACAUGUCUCACAGAUCACCACACCACAAGUCAAUCUAAACAUAAUACCCAUAUAAGAAAGUCAGCUUUUACUGGAAAUAAAUUCCUAAUCAUAUAUUAGCUGUCAACCUUAAGUGAUAAGAGUUUUAUUUUAUUUGUUGUA